AAAAAGUAAGUUUUUUCGGGCAUGUAAUUAUUUUUUUUAAAGUGCUUGUAAAAUGCUGAAGACAAUGGCUGACUCUGUUAAAAUUGUAGGGUAAAUAUGUACCUAUCGCAAGCCGUGCGCUUUGUAAAGGAAGCAUCCGUACUGUGAUACGGGCAAAUAUUAAGGUUUGGCUGUGAAAAGACCUUGUAUAAUGUGAUACAGUCAUUGCAAAGAAUUAAGUGAAAUUGGACACUGAGUGAAAAAAUGUACCGACAUGGAGAGCUAGCAGAUAUCCGUGCAUCGGGAAUGAAAUCUUUUCGUGACAUUGUUGUGGAUGAAGCUAAUUUACUGCUGUGGACCGGAUUAAUCGUACCGGAUAAUGUUCCCUACAAUAAGGGAGCUUUUAGAAUAGAGAUAACUUUCCCAGCCGAAUACCCGUUUAAACCACCAAAGAUUUCGUUUAAAACUAAAAUAUAUCAUCCAAACAUCGAUGAAAAGGGACAGGUUUGUCUACCGAUCAUCAGUGCCGAGAACUGGAAACCGGCAACAAAAACAGAUCAAGUGAUUCAAGCAUUGAUAGAGCUUGUUAAUGAUCCCGAACCCGAACAUCCUUUGCGGGCUGAUCUAGCGGAAGAGUUUCUAAAGGAUAGGAAAAAAUUUACGAAAAACGCCGAGGAACACACCAGAAAGCACAGUGAAAAGCGACCGGAAUAAAGGGAAAGCAUUGGCGUAGGAUGAUGAUGAUGAUGAUGAUGUUGAUGGUUUACCGAGACUACCAGUCAAAACGGGCGAUUGUAAAUUGCAGACCGUGGGUAAUGAAGAUGACGAUUAUAAGGGUGUAAUUCAGCAAAUACAUAUUUUAUCCGUGUGAGUCGUGGGCCAAACAACACAAAUCAAUAAGAGAACUAACUUGAUGCUACGCUUGUCAAUUGCAUUAUAAUAGCAUAAUAUAUCCAAAUCAUGUUCAUUCUACGAUGCACCCCGCA